CUAUGUCUUCAACUUUGACGAUAUGAUGUUGGUUCAGAAAUAGUAACUUUAUCAUGAUUUUCUUCAAUUUUUUCUUUAAUUUGUAUAAAGAAAUACUCCGUAGUCAUUACUCAUUAGCUAUAAUCUAUAAUCAUAAUCCAUUAAAUGAUUAAAAAAAUCAUAAUCCAUUAAAUAUUACUCCGUACGUAGUAUGUCCUUGUAGUAGUAGCGAAUUAGCCAUAAGCCAAUCCAAGUGAUUAAUUCUAAUCAGACGUAUUUAAUUUGUACCAAGGACAUCUAUCAUGAUUCGUGACGAAUCGACUAUGGCUACGAUCAGCAGCAUCGGAGUUGUAGGUGCAGGCCAAAUGGGCUCCGGUAUCGCCCAACUCGCUGCCGUGCACGGCGUUGAUGUAUACCUUUACGAUACCGAAGUAGAAGCUGUUAAAAGAGCCCAUAAAUCCAUCUCCAGUAACAUUCAACGCCUCGUCUCCAAAGGUCAACUUUCUCAGGAAACAUGUGAUGAUGCCAUCACACGUCUAAAAGGCUCACUGGAUUUGAAAGAUUUCCAAUCAGUGGAUAUUGUUAUUGAGGCUAUCAUGGAAUCUGAAGACGUGAAGAAAAAAUUGUUUGUGGACUUGGACAAGAUUGUGAAGAACUCUGCAAUCUUGGCUUCUAACACUAGCUCUAUUUCCAUAACUCGUUUGGCAUCAGCAACUAGCCGACCGAAACAGGUGAUUGGCAUGCAUUUUAUGAAUCCCCCUCCAGUUAUGAAACUGGUUGAGAUCAUCAGGGGUGCUGAUACAUCAGAUGACACAUAUAAUGUAACUAGGUGCUUGGCUGAAAGGUUUGGCAAGACAGUUGUUUGCUCCAAGGAUUAUGCGGGCUUUAUUGUAAAUAGAAUCUUGAUGCCAAUGAUAAAUGAAGCAUUUUAUACACUUUACAAUGGAGUUGCAACAAAAGAAGACAUUGAUACGGGGAUGAAACUCGGGACUAACCAUCCAAUGGGUCCUCUCGAACUAGCAGAUUUUAUAGGGUUGGAUGUUUGUUUGGCGAUUUUGAAAGUACUGCAUACUGGUCUUGGGGACACUAAAUAUGCUCCGUGCCCUCUCCUUGUGCAAUAUGUUGACGCAGGCAGGCUUGGACGAAAACGGGGCAUUGGUGUAUAUGAAUACCUUCAUGCACUGGGAGGCAUCAAGCAUUCUCCUCGACUCUGAACUUCCAGUAUUUCGUUAAAUAGUAACAUGGAGGUUCUUGUUGAAGGGAUGGUGCAAUAAAAGUGACACUGAGAUAGGUCAUUAUGAAGGAACAAACUUCUUUGUACAAGCCCUAUCGAGUUGUUGGGCUUAUUGAGGGUGGUGAUGCAGUACUGCAGGUUGUUGUUGUUUCUAUCUAGUGUUGUUGGGUAAGGCAUUCACAUUUCUUAUUGUUGGAAGCAAAGAUCAACGGUCAUCUUAAAUAUGUAAAAAUUGAUUCAUGUCUUGUGGAGUUAAUGGGUUGAAAAUUGUUGAAAUUUAUACAUGUGAAUAUGUGAUUAUAUCGUCAUAAUUAUACACUCAACUUAUAUGAAUACGCAUUUUAGCAGGAAAA